CUGACCUGACCUGUCCUGACAAAAAAAAAAAAAAUAAAAUAAAAAUGCAGCGUAUUUUGUUUACACUAUUAUUUAUAACUAUCAGUAUUGCUGUCCAAGCUCAACAGCAAGCAACAAAUCCUGGAGGAUUGAUAUCUAUUCAGGAUGUCAUUACUUAUUUUCAAGAACAUGCAGCAAACGCUCCAGCUUCCUCUUCUAGCAAUCUCGCUCAAAACUUUUUAACUUGGAUAUCACAAAAACAAGAAACGAAUACUAAUCCUGUAGAAGCACAAGCUCCCAAUCCUGCAGAGGUACAAGCUCCUAAUCCUACAGUUGUUAAUCCUCCUCCACCUGUAGCUGCUCCCGUUGUUCCGGUCACAACAUUUUAUACUUCUCAAUUACCUACUCAAAACUUACCUCCUCCUCCACCACCACCUCCAUCCCCCACUACCGCUACUACAGGAGCACCCACUGAUACACGUCCUGUAACCACAGGUCAACCCACUACAACAGCUACCUCUAUGCUGUCUACCACCAUGACACGCAGUACUUCUAUUUCAAUGUCUCCUAGUAGAACAAUAAAUACGACCUCUACAACUACACCAACAAGAACAAAUAAUGCUAAUGUUUUACUUAAUAAUUAUCCUUUAACCUUUAUUACCUUGGGAUUAGUAUUUAUUUCUAUGAUUUAUCUUUAA